GCCCUUCUCUCUUCUACUCCUGGUGCUUUCUUUUGUUGGCCAACAAACGCGUUGUGUCGUCGUCUACUCUGCUUGGUUGUUUCAAUUGGUGUCACGUUGUAGCCCUCACCAGUUUGCCAGCUUUCUCGCCUCUUUUUUUUUCUCUUUUCAAAGGUUGUACGCAGCUACACGCCUGCGCCGCCGCGCCGUACCGUGCCGUCUUCGUUUCUUUACACUAGACCACCCACUCCUUAGAUACACCACUAUAUUGUUUUUCUCUUCUUUCUAGAUUUGCCUCAAGCGCAUCUUAGCGACGUGUGUGUUGUUGUGUUUUGCAAAACAAUACACAACACAGCUGUAUCGGUCUAAUUCUUGUGUGUCUGCAUUUGAGGCUCCGUCGAGAGGCAAGCUUUUUCUUCCAGCUGCUCCACAGGCGGCACGCAUUGCCUCAUCAACUCUUGUUAUAUAUAUAUAUUUAUUUAUUUAGCUCUUCACUUCCACAGCCUGAUUGCUGUGAAUAGAUGUCCUCUGGCAACAGCAGCAGCAGCGGUGGAGCAGCGAUGCUGAUGGCCGACGGUGCAGCCAGCGACGUUGAUGUGACGCCCGUGCGACGUCGCCUCGGCGCGUCGACCGACGACGCAGCCAUCUUUUUUGAGGACACGGUGGACCGGAUGACGGCGCAGUGCAUCGACGCCUCGCCGUCUGCCUUGGCGCUCCUCACACCGCAGCGCAUGCCAGCUAGUCAGGGAGCACGCGUCGACAUGACGGAGUACGACGCGAGUCACCUGGGCUCGCUCUCCUCAGCCCACCGCAAGAGCAGCGGCGAAAACAGCAGCAGUAGCAGCAGCAGCAAGGGCCGUCCCAGUUGUCAGCGCUCCGCCCUGCACGACGUGACAAACACCUCCAACGGGAAGCUGAACUUCUCAACGGGCCCCACCAGCAAAUCGCCGACGCCGAAGCAGGUGCGCUCGAGCAACCCGCAGCUCGGCAGCGGCAAGCAACACCGCGCCGACUCGCACAACUCAGUGUUGACGCGUAGCACUCCGCGGCACAGCACGCAUGAUCGCAGCCCGUCCGCGGCCGAGCCGACGGUGCCGCUGUCGGACUACGAGACCCUGCAGAAGGAGCGCAACCGCUUCGAGAAGAUGUACGAGCACCAGCGCGCGCUGUACGAAGAGAUGGCCGAGAAGCAGGCGGACACCUACCAGACGCUGCAAGAGAAGAUCAUCGAGGUGGUCGCCCUGUCUACGCGGAACGAGGAGAGCAAGCGCUUUAUCCGGCAGCUGAAGCGCGAGUUCUCGGAGAGUCGUUCGCGGGUGAUGGACAUGCAGAACAAGGCGCUCGAGGAGGCCAGGACGGAGCGGAGCACCAAGUCGCACUACGAGGCGCUGAUCCGCGAGCAAGAUCGCAAGUACGAACGUCAGGUGGAGCGGCACGAAAUGAAGCUGGCCGGGAUGGAGAGCCUCGUGAAGGACCUGACCAGCUUGCGCGGGGAUCAGGACCAGCUGCACGUCGCCCAGCUGGACUCGCUGCUGAAGGCGGCGUACUCGAAAAGCACGGCAUUGUUCAGUGACCUGCUGCGGCAGGGACGGCAAAUCGACCUCCUCUAUGACGCAAAGUGUGACUUGGAGAACCAGCUGGAGCAGCUGCGUCGCGAGAAGCGGGAGAUGGAGGCGACCGUGCGGGAGGAGCGCCGUCGCAUGAUGGCGGAGACGGAUCGGCUGAUUGAGCAGAUCGAAGAGCAGCAGCAGUCCAUCUUGAACCUGCGGCAGAUGCUCAUUCGCACCAUGGACAAUCGCGACAACGUCUUCGCGUACAGCCGCGGACCGCGUCGAGCGCAGCGGGACGAGGAGGGCGAUGAGGAAGACAUCGACGAGGAGGACAAGGUGGGCAGCCACGCCAGCAGCGACUCCUCUUCGUCGUCUUCCUCCUCUCCCUCGUCCAUCGAAGAGGAGGGCGAGGAGGACCGAUCUUUCGCUAAGGACGACGUCCUCAACGACGGCGGUGACCGCACGCUGCACCGGGAAUCAUCGUGGGGCGAUCCCGAUGGCCCCCAAAACGGAGCGGGGGAGGAGAGCACGAAUCCGCUGUCAACGUCAACGCAGGCACGUCUCUCUCGUGGCGGGCAAUGCCGACCGGUCAUUUCAGCUGCGGAUGCGACGACUCCUGCGCUGACAAGUAACGCCGUGACGGUGGCGCGGCGAGCAGCUACGCCAACGUCGGCCACCGCCUCUGCGUCUUCUUCUUUUCUUUCGAAAGCGGUGAAGGCGUCGGAGGUGGUGGCGGCGCCGCCGUUGCCGCUGUCCUCCCGCAGCGGGGAUGCCUCCGGUCCUUUGCCGGCGACUUCGUCCGCCUCUUCAGCUGCCGCCGCGUCGGCCGCGUCCUCCGUGGUGCGGCAGCGGCAGCCGUACCGCAUGCAUCGCAUCGACGAAGGCAACUCGGAUUGCCGCUGCGACGGCGAAGACGGAAGCGGCAGCAGCGGCGACGGCGCAGCCAAAGACGACGACAACGGCGAUGAAAAAGUGCGGAGUACGUCGGCCGGCGGCAUCACGCGUGGGCCACGACGACUCGCCGAUUCCGCGGCGACGCUGCGCACACGCGGCACGAACAGCGCCGGUGCCGCCAGUAGAGAAAACGAUGUAAGCGACAGCGGGUCGUGGCUGGAGAGGAAGGAGCGCCACUCGCCGUCCUCUGCCUCGCCGGCACCGACUGGCGCUGGCUCGCGGCGCCGCCUCGACUUCACCACCGCGUUGGCGGCGGUCGCAGAGAAGCGGCGGCGCGACCGCGAGGCACGCGAGGAAGGGCUCCACAAUAGCGGCGGCGGCAGCUACGAAAGGAACGAGGGCAGCAUUUCUCCUUCCUGUUGCGUGAAGGCGACAAAGGCUAGUUUAGGAAAGGAGAACAGCGGCGCUGCGGGCGGGCGUCGCGGCAUCGUGCGGUCCGGCACCGUUGGCAGCAUCGCCACGGCGCGCACGCCGUCCGGGGUGGAUAGGGAGGAGGACGAGGAGGAAGAACCACGCCUGUUUCGAAAGGCCGGCUUGUGCCCGCGAGAGGAAUAA